AGGCAUCAGUCCUCGGCCCCUCCAUUUAAGAGCGGGCACCGCAACGCGUGCGCUGUUUUUGGUAACCGCUAUCUUCUCCUUAGCAAACCGCUCCAACUUCUCAGUCACCCACUCACCCCUCGCCAGAAGCUUUCCCCGCUCCGAGCCGGCAGCACCCCCCCCCCCCCCGGGUGUGCAGGCGUAAUCGGUGGUGGGUCCGUGAGUUCGCGGCUGCGAGGCUAGGGUUUUGGUCGCCGUCUCUCUCUCUCUCUCUCCGCUGCGGGCGCCGAACGGGAUGGAGUCGGCCUCGUCGGGCGGCGGGAGGGCGCGGCGGCGCAGUGGGGGCGGCGUCGGGGGUGACGGCGACCCCUUCGACAUCCCAGCAAAGGGCGCCCCCGUCGAGCUGCUCAAAAAGUGGCGGCAAGCAGCCCUUGUUCUGAAUGCGUCAAGGCGCUUUAGGUAUACAUUGGACUUGAAAAAGGAGGAGCAAAAGGAGGAAGUCAGAAGAAAAAUUCGUGCACAGGCUCAUGUUAUAAGGGCCGCCUUUCGUUUUAAAGAAGCUGGUCAAAUCCUUGUUCAGCCAAAGGAGACACCAGUACCACAUGUUGAUGGAGCACUUGGCUUUGGGAUCAAAGAUGUGCAGCUUUCAGUACUGACAAGAGAUCACAAUUACUCAGCUCUUCAACAGUAUGGAGGGAUUUCAGGUAUAGCAAGUAUGCUAAAGACAGAUACGGAGAAGGGGAUUAGCGGAGACAAUUCAGAUUUGACAGCAAGGCAAACCACAUUUGGGCUGAACACAUAUCCUCGUAAGAAAGGAAGAAGUUUUUUGGCUUUCGUAUGGGAUGCUUGUAAAGAUUUGACACUUAUCAUCCUUAUGGUCGCUGCUGCUGUUUCACUGGCCUUGGGCAUAACAACAGAGGGUAUAAAAGAAGGCUGGUACGAUGGAGCAAGCAUCGCCUUCGCUGUUCUCCUAGUUGUGUUUGUUACAGCUAUCAGCGACUACAAGCAAUCACUGCAAUUCCAAAAUUUGAACGAGGAAAAACAGAACAUACAUUUGGAGGUUGUUAGAGGUGGAAGGCGAAUCAUGGUGUCAAUAUAUGAUUUAGUCGUUGGAGAUGUUGUGCCUCUUAAGAUUGGUGACCAGGUUCCUGCUGAUGGUAUCCUUAUAAAUGGUCACUCCCUUUCCAUAGAUGAAUCAAGCAUGACAGGAGAAAGUACAAUUGUACACAAAGAUCAGAAGUCACCGUUUCUGAUGUCGGGAUGCAAAGUUGCUGAUGGCUAUGGCACGAUGCUGGUGACUGCUGUCGGUAUAAACACUGAAUGGGGAUUAUUAAUGGCAAGCAUAUCUGAAGAUUCUGGUGAAGAGACACCUUUGCAGGUUCGCUUGAAUGGUGCCGCUACUUUCAUUGGCAUGGUUGGACUAUCUGUUGCUCUCGGAGUGCUGGUUGUCCUUUUGGCAAGGUACUUCACUGGGCAUACUUAUGAUCCUGAUGGAUCUGUGCAAUAUGUGAAAGGAAAGAUGGGUGUGGGCCAGACGAUACAUGGGGUUGUUAGAAUCUUCACAGUGGCGGUUACUAUUGUGGUCGUGGCUGUUCCUGAAGGACUACCGUUGGCUGUCACAUUGACUCUUGCUUUCUCAAUGCGCAAGAUGAUGAGGGACAAAGCUCUGGUCAGGAGGCUUUCCGCAUGUGAAACGAUGGGCUCUGCUACAACAAUUUGCAGUGACAAGACUGGCACCUUGACUUUGAAUCAGAUGACUGUUGUGGAGGCAUACUUUGGUGGAAAGAAGAUGGACUCUCCUGAGAAUCCUCAGACAUUAUCUGCUAAUGUCACAUCACUGAUUGUCGAAGCAAUUGCGCAAAACACUUCUGGAAGCAUAUUUGAGCCUGAGCAGGGUGGUCAAGAACCAGAGGUGACUGGAUCACCUACGGAAAAGGCUAUACUGUCUUGGGGGCUAAAGCUUGGUAUGAAAUUCAAUGAAACAAGAUUGAAGUCCUCUAUUCUUCAUGUCUUCCCAUUCAACUCGGAGAAAAAGCGAGGCGGCGUUGCGGUCCAUUUGGGUAGCUCUGAUGUUCAUAUACAUUGGAAAGGAGCUGCUGAAAUUGUUUUGGAUUCAUGCACAAGUUGGCUUGACGCUGAUGGUUCAAAGCAUUCAAUGACUCCUGAAAAAGUUGCUGAAUUCAAGAAAUUUAUAGAAGAUAUGGCUGCUGUUAGCCUCCGCUGUGUUGCCUUUGCCUAUAGAACACAUGUGAUGGAUGAUGUUCCAAAUGAGGAUCAGAGGGCUGAUUGGAAAUUGCCUGAAGAUAACCUGAUUAUGCUUGGAAUUGUGGGAAUAAAGGAUCCCUGCCGCCCAGGAGUACGAGAUUCUGUUCGUAUGUGUACGGCAGCUGGCAUUAAGGUCCGCAUGGUUACUGGUGAUAAUCUUCAAACUGCAAGAGCCAUUGCCCUGGAGUGCGGAAUACUUACUGAUCCCAAUGUGUCAGAGCCUAUUAUUAUUGAAGGGAAGACAUUCCGGGCACUGCCAGACUUAGAAAGGGAGGAAGCUGCUGAAAAGAUUUCUGUGAUGGGGAGGUCUUCACCAAAUGAUAAACUAUUACUUGUUAAAGCAUUGAGAAAAAGAGGUCAUGUUGUUGCUGUAACUGGCGAUGGCACAAAUGAUGCCCCAGCACUGCAUGAGGCAGAUAUUGGUCUCUCAAUGGGCAUUCAGGGAACUGAAGUUGCCAAGGAGAGUUCUGAUAUUAUUAUCUUGGAUGACAAUUUCGCAUCAGUCGUGAGGGUUGUCAGAUGGGGUCGUUCAGUGUAUGCAAACAUUCAGAAGUUUAUACAGUUCCAACUAACAGUCAACAUCGCAGCUUUGAUAAUUAAUGUAGUUGCUGCCGUCAGUUCUGGAAACGUGCCGUUGAAUGCUGUUCAGUUGCUGUGGGUUAACCUAAUCAUGGAUACUCUGGGUGCCCUUGCAUUGGCGACAGAACCUCCAACUGAUCAUCUUAUGCAGAGGCCGCCGGUUGGGCGAAGGGAGCCGUUGAUAACAAACAUCAUGUGGAGAAACUUGAUCAUUAUGGCUUUGUUUCAAGUUUCAGUUCUCCUCACUCUCAACUUCAGGGGAACGAGCCUCUUGCAAUUGAAAAAUGACAACCUAGCACAUGCAGAUAAAGUGAAAAACACAUUCAUAUUCAACACAUUUGUUCUAUGCCAGGUGUUCAAUGAGUUCAAUUCCCGUAAACCAGAUGAGCUGAACAUAUUCAAGGGCAUUUCAGGGAACCACCUCUUUAUCUGCAUUAUAGCUAUAACAGUUGUACUCCAGGCACUUAUCGUUGAGUUCCUUGGCAAGUUUGCCUCAACAGUCAAGCUAAGCUGGCAGUUAUGGUUGGUAUCGAUAGGUCUUGCUUUUUUUAGCUGGCCAUUGGCAUUGGUGGGAAAGCUUAUUCCUGUUCCUGACCGUCCGCUCGGAGAUUUCUUUGCAUGCUGCUGUCCAGGGAGCAAAAAGGCUCCUGAUGACAAGGAAGACAAAGCUGAGCACAGCGAUGUAUGAUUUGAUGGCUGGCAUACCCUGUUUCUUGUCAGGGUUUAACAUUUUGGAUUUGUAAUUACCACCGAUUGGGAUUGUAAAUACUCUAGGCUCCCCAUGGCUGGUCGUCGUUUGGAAGUUUGCAUCAACUGACCAUGCAUACAUCUUGAUACCAGACUGCUAGUACUGGCUGACCCUGGAUGCUGGGAAUCAGCUGCCGUGGGAGGCUUCUUACUGUGUUCCAAACGGUAAUUGCUGGAAAUGCAACUUGGUUUGUCUUGAGA